GAAUCAGCCGUGUGUGGCUUCCAGCUUGCCAAGCACCUGGAAGACCUUUUCCAAGUCACCGCCAGCUCACACGCUGUUGGAGAACAUUCUACAUUGGCCCGAGGCUUAGUAACCUCGACGUUCGUCUCCUCAACCUAUGUGGACCCAGUGACUGGAGCUCUAGCAGCCGUUAAGAACAUGAUGAUGCAGAUCUCUCCAUGAAGACCGAAGGAUCCGAGGUCCCUGAUGACAUCAUAGAACUGCCACACUGGCCUUGGGGUACUGCCUCUUUGAAGCCACUGUUUGGUGGUGUUUCUCUGAUGAGGUGUUCAUAGGGAAACACAGUUCCUAAGCAGGACACAAACACUGACCUUGAGCUCAGAGUGUGGGGAGAAGAAAUAAGCAAAGAUAAAGCAAAGUGAGGUUUUGUGCCCGUGUUUCUUCCGCCUGCUGUAGUACUGGGCUUGGACUCCAAGCAGCUGGGUUGCUCGGGGCUGCAGUUACCCAAUGUCUCCUGCAGUUAUGACCAGCCUCCUUCCUCUCUGUGUGAGCCUGCUACUGAUGUCUGGCGUUGGCGAGGCAGGCAAGCUGCUGGUGGUUCCCAUGGAUGGGAGCCACUGGUUUACCAUGCGCUCGGUCGUGGAGAAGCUCAUCCAGAGAGGGCACGAGGUGGUUGUAGUCAUGCCAGAGGUGAGUUGGCACCUGGGACAGUCGCUGAAUUGUACAGUGAAGACCUACGCGACGUCUUACACUCUGGAAGAUUUGGAUCGUGAACUCUUGGAUUUUGCCAAAACUCAGUGGAAAAUUCGGGAAGACAGUAUACUUUCCCUUAGCAAGAGUUCAGCCUACAAUCUUUUUGAAAUAUUUUUUUCACAUUGUAGGAGUUUGUUUAAUGAUAAGAAAUUAGUGGAAUACUUAAAAGAAAAUUCUUUUGAUGCAGUGUUUCUGGAUCCCUUUGAUAUGUGUGGCUUAAUUGUUGCCAAAUAUCUUUCACUCCCUUCCGUGGUGUUCACCAGGGGAAUAUUUUGCCAUUAUCUGGAGGAGGCUACACAGUGCCCCUAUCCUCCUUCGUAUGUUCCCAGAAAUUUCUUAAGCUUCUCAGAUGCCAUGACCUUCAAGGAGAGAAUUUGGAACCAUCUCACUUACUUGCAGGAGCGUUUACUAUGCUCCUAUUUUUUCAAAAGUAUCUUAGAAAUUGCUUCUGAAGUUCUCCCAAAGCCUGUCACGCUAUAUGAUCUCUUCAGCCACACAUCAAUUUGGUUGUUACGAACUGACUUUGUUUUGGAACAUCCCAAACCUGUGAUGCCCAACAUGGUCUACGUUGGUGGCAUCAACUGCCAUCAGGCGAAACCUUUGUUGAAGGAAUUUGAAGCCUACGUCAAUGCUUCCGGAGAACAUGGAAUUGUGGUUUUCUCCCUGGGGUCCAUGGUGUCUGAGAUUCCGGAGAAGAAAGCUAUGGAAAUUGCAGAUGCUUUGGGCAAAAUACCUCAGACGGUCCUGUGGCGGUACACCGGAAGUCGGCCAUCGAAUCUUGCCAAGAACACGAUCCUUGUCAAGUGGCUACCCCAAAACGAUCUGCUCGGUCACCCGAAGACGCGUGCCUUCAUCACGCACUCUGGCUCCCACGGUAUUUAUGAAGGAAUAUGCAACGGCGUUCCCAUGGUGAUGCUGCCCUUGUUUGGCGACCAGAUGGACAACGCGAAGCGCAUAGAGACCCGUGGGGCUGGGGUGACCCUGAACGUCCUUGAAAUGACCUCUGAUGACCUAGCGAAUGCCCUAAAAACAGUCAUCAAUGACAAAAGCUACAAGGAAAACAUCAUGCGCCUCUCCAGCCUGCACAAGGACCGCCCCGUGGAGCCGCUGGACCUGGCCGUGUUCUGGGUAGAGUUUGUGAUGAGGCACAAGGGGGCGCCGCACCUGCGGCCCGCCGCCCACGACCUCACCUGGUACCAGUACCACUCCCUGGACGUGAUCGGCUUCCUCCUGGCCAUCGUGCUGACCGUGGCCUUCGUCACCUUUAGAUGCUGUGCCUUUGCCUGGGGGAAGUGCUUCGGGAAGAAGGGGCGGGUGAAGAAAGCACACAAGUCCAAGGUGCACUGAGCCGGGUGAGGCUUUGAUCCAUUCCGAACCUGCAGUCAGUGUUAAAUUCAUUUGAUUCUGGUUAAACAAAUACUUUGCCGUAAAUCAGACAUCCCCACAACUUCUUUGUUGUUGUUUUAAUUAAGUUGAGAAGAUGACCUUUGUGUAUUUGGGCGUACUUGGAGCGGAGGAAUGGUGUGGCGCUGUGUGAUUUCUGACCUUGGGGGACAAUGAAGCUGUUCGAAUCACUGGGUGCUGUCUGUGAGGGGAUCACUGAUUGUGCCAAAUGGAUCUGAACAUGAGAAAACCCCAAACUGUAGUGCCAGGCCCAUGUAUUUGCACAACUAAAAUUUUAUUAAUAAAUUUGUUUAAUUUCUUA